AAGGUCUUCGUUCUCUCUCUCCCAAACCAGCUUCCUCCCCAAACCAGCCGGCGCCCCCCUGUUUGUCAGCACCGGCAAUCAUGCGCCUACACCCUCCUCUGCGCCUCUGCACCCCCAACUCUCUGCACCCCCUACGCCUCCCUUGCUGCACACUAAAUCCUGCUGCCUACGCCCCUGCUUGCCUGCAUCUCGCCUGCACCGAUCCUGCUCUGCGCCUCCUGCUGCCAGCGCCUGCACUCUCCUCCCGAACCAGCCCAGAUUGUCUGCACGAACCAGCGCCCCCUGCUCAGCGCCCCUAGCUCCUGCGCCCUAGCUCCUGCCCCGGCCUUGCUUUCUGCACCAGUCUUGCUCUGCGCCAACCCCUUGCCCUGCACCAAAUCCCUUGCCCUGCACCAAAUCUCCUGCACUCUGCGCACCGGCAAUCAUGCCUCCUGCACGCCUACACGCCCUACCCCCUGCGCGCCUGCAACCUCCUCUGCCCGAGCCCAGAUCUGCACUCAUCACCCCUCCUCUACCCGAGCUGAUCUGCACUCAUCACCUAUGCCCCAAUCGUGCAAUCCCGGCUGCAACGCAAUCCUGCAACUCGAUCUUGUACCUGCUCUGGUUGUCCGAUUCUCCUUGGCACCUUAUCUCGUUUUUCAGCAAGAUGAAGCUCGGUGCUUUGCUUCGGUUUGUUUUUGAAGGUGUUGUGGUGUUGACAAAGGAGAACAUUUUUUGGAGGUCGACGGUGAUUGAAAAGAGGCUUAUUUUUCUGUGUCUGUUUCUUGCUUGCUUUAGGUAAUCUCCUGAACAGAGGGAUUUUUGGGGAAAGAUAGUGAAGGAGACGAACGGAGCUCGGUCCCGUGGGUGGGAUCCCUCCCUUCCGAUCUGGAUCUAUCUCCUCCUAAAAAUUUCGCCUUGGGUGUUUAUGUUAUUUUCUGUUGAUUUUGUUUAGAACUGUGUUUAAGUUUGUAUGUGUUUCCUUGGAAAAUGAAUAAAAAAAAAUCAAGAAAAAUUGUUCAGUUCA